AUGGAACGACUUCCGACCGAGAUCUCUCUAGAGAUUGUGAACUAUCUUUCGGACACACAUAUGUCUAGCUUGCGCAGCUUCAGCCUGGUCAAUUCUAGGUUUCACAAGUUGGCCACAUCAGGACUCUUCCGAACUCUAUACAUACUAUGUGAUAGCACUCUUGACCUAUCCGAGGAUGUACAAACGGCUGGGAAGAUCCUGGCGAAGUACGACUGCGCUUCCGUGGUCAAGACUUUGUUUGUAGAGGACUUCUGGCGAGCUGAGUACAAGCCUGUAAGGUACCAUUGGGAGACAUCCGAUCCGUACUGUGGUUCCAUAGCAGAGGAUUGCCAUAAGAAGACCGUGGACGGUCGUGAUUAUCAGUGGGCUAGAUUGCCAGAGCCAGCCGAUGAGGCUGCAUUUUGGGAGAGUUUUGCUGUGCUACUUGACAGUCUGCCAGCCCUCAAAGAUGUGAUCUUUGAUGCCUAUGCCCAGUUUCCAUUAUGUGCUCUGGAAGUUCUCCACCGCCGAAGCCCACACUGCCGUCUGCACAUGCCAAAAUUCAGGCUCCGCAGUCUGAGCGAGGCGAAAGUUGACCCGCGCGAGCUCACCCUCAUGACUUCGCCAUGCUUGUUCAGCAUAACCGCGCACAUCACGGACAACUUCAACCAAUCGUCAUACGAUUUCAACUGGGACGCGGUUUUCGAAAUGGCGGAAGGUGCAACGCCAAAUUUAGAGCAUGUGCGACUUGUGGAGUAUGACACAAUACCUCUGUCGUGGGAGUGGGAUCCGAACGCUUUUCGAAAGCGGCGAGGCGUGCCUGCGCGGCAGGCAAGAUUUUGCAACUCGCCCGUCGAUCGAGCAAAAGCCAGCAAGCUCAGAGGUCUCGGCUUCACAGGACCAUUGCGUGACUUGAAGCCCAGGUUAUGCGGUGUGAUGAAAACGAGAAGGCUGCAUGCGUUGGAGAUCGCUGUCCUGUGUCAAAGCGACUUAGACUUUUUGGCCGAGCUGAGUAGCUUUGAAGAGCUCGAAUUUAUCACACGCCUUAAAUUUCGAAUCAACUCUCAGCCCGGAGCAUCAAUCAAUUUGGCUCUGGAGCGAUUCCUCGGUCAUCUGCCGAAUCUAAAUUACCUCGAGGUCCCUUCGUUCCAUGACGGACCCAAGUAUCCUGCGCCCGCCUUGAAGAUCCGCGGCUGUGUGCUGCAGGAACUGGACGUCGGCUGCCAUACAUUGGAUGCAGAUGCUGUAUUGAUGUUGCAAGAAGACCUUCCACAAUUGCGGAGUAUUUGUUUCAGGAUGAUUCGUUCACUGUCAUUGCCUCCAGAGACCGACAUAUAUACAGCGCUCUCUACCUUUCCAAACCUCAGAAAUGCUGCUCUGACGUUGAGCCCUCUCCAAAGAUCUGUCGUACCGUUGCAGCUAUGGGAUAACGGAAGGUCUCUAGGUAGCAAGUUAGAUCGCGAGGAUAUAUUCGACGCAAGGGAUCUCUCGAACAUGGCCGUAGAUGCAGAGCUGACGCGGCAGAUCUGGAAUGAGGUGACCCGUGGUAAACCAAAACCUGCAAAGUUCACGCUUCGAGUACAUUGCGAUCUGCUUGGCUGCGGACACCUUGAAUUCUUGUUUCUGAGCCCGCAUUGGUCUUUCUGCGGGAAUAACCGACCGGGUACGAACGAACCAGAGGUUAAAAACAUAACCCCUGGGAACAUGACGUAUUACCAUAAAAAGGAACCAAAGCAAAGACCUGGCCCAAACGGGAGGAAAUCUGAGCUGGACAUAUUUAAGAUCCUCUGGCCACGAAAACGCGGGAGCAGUAGCUAUCUGGACGAUUGGCAUUCAUUGCCUCUACGCUUCAGGCGCGACCUGGAGGAGUGA